AGGCAGCGCUGGCGCAUGCUCCAACCUUGACUGAACGAAAUCUUCGAGAAUAUGGAAUACCUUUGCAGCAAGCUAUUGAAAAGUUUGAAGCAUGGUGGAGUUCUAUGUCCGGUGUCACGUUCGGUGCUAAGCCGCGAUUCAUCGUAGAUGGUCAAGCACCGAUGAGGCAAUGUCUACAUCCGGAGGCCUGCAACAAAGAUAUCGAGCUACCGGAACAUUACAAUUACUUCCACGAUUUGCGAAAGGAUUUUGUAGAGUGCUAUUCGUCUUACGGAGAAUUAUCGACCCUUGGAGUACAAGAGAUGUUGCAAUAUUUCGGACUGCCGCCUGAUACCGACAAUGAUUUUCAUGUUAAAGAGAUACAGGAUAUGGUGAACGUGAUACAGAGAAUGAUCAAAGAUGGUAAGCUAUUUUUUAUUUUUAUUUUUUUAAUGGUAAACUAAUAAGUAUUUAGUUAUACAUCGAAUACUGCCAUAGUGUUUGUUGUUAUCUAAAUAAAAUUAUAUAGAUGAUUA